AUGGCCUCCGUCACAUGCCAUGGCGAUCCUGACAUGGCCCUUUCACCUGCAGACAACCUUCUUUCCCAUCCUCCUUGCAUCGACCUCUCCAGUCCUUCCAAGACUCCAUGCAACUCGGUGACGGAAAUCACUGAGAAAUGCGUCAUCCCAGUCGAGUCUCCGCCAACUGUGCCUGUUCGAUCAUCGGAGAUGGACACCCCUAAGAUGAAGAGGGUUGACCCGCCCAGCACGAAAACACCCGAUUCCUCCCCGACAUCUCCCAGCCGGCCUCGCCCUGCGUCUCGCCCUACCUCUGGUGCCAACUCGGUCAACCACUCGCGCUCAGCUUCACGCAAUACGGCGCGGUCUCGACCGACAAGCCGUCGCAGCUCUCUUCAUUCGGCUCGUCGGGUGAUUCCCAAUACUGCCAUCGUCCCUGUCCACUCGGCCCGCAGUACGCCUCAAGAGAAACGAGAGUCGUUGCUGGCACUGCAUCGGGAGUCAUGCCGUCUCUUCCAAGACCAGUCAUCUAGAUCAGAUGCAGAAAACCCCAAGUCUCUACCAACCUUGCAUACAUCGGCAUCUUCAACCUAUCGAUCUCGGCGCGAAGGCCGCGCCUCUUCUGAAACCGCGCGUGAGCUCUUCCAACGCACCCCCUUCCCUCUUCGCCCCAGUGACCGAGCCAACACCGACCCUCCUCCUAUGGUGGGAACCGCCUCCAACUACCACCGCCGCAGCCCGUCGUCCUCGUCCGUGCAUGUCCCCGCAACUGUCAUGGAGUGGACGUCGGUCUCGACCCGCCGCCGCGAGUACGAGAAGAUCGACCGCGCCAGCCGUGGUGUGCGCGGGCUCUGGCGCCGCGUCGCCCCGCGCUGGUGCCGGACCCGUGACGCGCGCACCCCGUUCUUUGAAGAAGGCAGGCCCAGCCGCGAGGGCAGUGUGCGGCGUUUCCGCAUGGAUCUUCCCGGUGAUGGCGAUCAGACAAGGGAAGCGAGAGACCCGGGCAAGCCGCAGGUCCAGCUCCUGGACUUUUUGCACCGAGGUCCGGGCAAUGAAAGUGAAAGUGGUUCUCAGCGUCGCUGGCCUGGUCUCCGCUCCAGGACCUCUUGA